AUGAAGUUUGGCCACCAGAUGGGGGAAAUAUACAAGAAUCUUCAAAACCAGGUGAUCAUACAGGCCAAAUCAGCUGCGCCGCUCAUGAAGAUGGAGGGUGUCUUCUGGAAAGGCCAGUAUUCCCAGCACCCGGUGGACGUGCCACAGAACCACAAGCGAGCCGUGUGCGACCUCACCGCGGCCGACCGGUUGGCGCUUUACGAUCACGUGAUCGGCGUCCUCAACCGAGAGAAGGCCGACGGCGCCUCUGGCAACGACGAGCUUUACGUCGAUUUGGUUUCAAAGCUGAAGAAAGCUGAGCAACAAAAUGAGCCGAAGACUCAUCUGGAGCUGAUGGCGGAAAUGCGGGAUUACAAGAGGAGGCGGCAGUCUUACCGCGCUAAGAAUGUUCACAUCACCAAGAAGUCCUACACGGAGAUUAUCCGAGAAGUCAUCCAGGUGCACUCAGAGGAGCUAAGCAGACAGUGGAAGGAGCAACACCAAGAGGAUGAGGACGAGAAAGAAAAGGAAGAGGCCAGAGAAGGAACAUCUCAAAGGCGUCAUCCGGACGAGCGUCGCUCCGCGUCUUCGGAGUCCCGUCGGUCACGGCGCCGCCGCAGCCGUGAGAAGAGUCGCGACAGAGAACGCAAGAAGAAAAAACGCAAAAGGGAUUCCCGCUCUCCGGAGGACAAACACCGCAAUGGCAAAAAGAAAAAGAAAAAGAAAGAAGAGCGGGAGAGAAGUGACAGUUCCUGA